AUGCGUCUGAAGUCGCGUGGAGGGAUUGAAGGGGUGGAAUCUUUGGUGAAAUCCGACACCCACUCCGGGAUGGAUUGGCGCGCAGGGGGGUGCCGAGCUGAGAGAGCCCGAAGCACGUCAGUUGAGGGGGGGGAGACUGGCGUGGCCCGCCCCGUCGUUGAACCGCAGCGCCUCCUCUACGACCACCCCGUCUCCCUCCUCUUCCUAUGCGGAUUCCGUGCUGCGCGGAGGCCGCCGCUGCAAUAUUGCGUGUCGGUUGUGGCGCCGAGGCGGUACCAAGGCCCCUCCUUUGACGGCCCGCUGGCGUCCGCGGCGGUUCGUUCGGGCGUGAUGGACCCCUCCGCGGGUCGCGACCGCGCGCAAGAGAGUACGGUGGACAGCGCGGGCCCUCGUCCUCAGGCGCCCGCUGCACCCCGUCUCCGCGCUCCUGCGCAUCCAUCCGCGUCUGAGCCCGUGCAGCGUCUGGAGCGCGGGCUGUCUCUACCUCAUCAGGCGAGCGGGCGCCCAAACUCUCCUGAGUAUUCGUGGGCGCCGGCCCGUGUUGGGUCGAAUCGUCCGGUUGGACAGCCGCCUCAUGAGCGUGGGCGAUCGCCGCAGCGCCAGCCCCAGCAGCAACGUUCCCCUCGGCGUCGCUCUCCUGGUCAACGCGAGCUUCGCCGCCAUGGAGCUGGCGAUCAGCUGUCGCCUGCGAGCCCCCGCUCUCCCCGUCACCGAUCUCCCCAAGAUCGGGCAGCCCAGCGCUCACCGCGAGCGCGAUCCCCCGCGCAGCGCUCUCCGCGUCGAUCUCCGGCGAGGCGGGGGAUGGGUUCUCCUGGGCAACGAUGGGAUUCUGGGCGCCGCGAGCAAUCCCCCCCGCGUCCGCACUCGGCAGGCUCUGGUGGCCGUCGGGGUCGGCGGAAUGGAGCGGGUCGCGGCGGAGCUGGUCGCGGGCAGGAUCCUGCGGUUGGUGAAGCCGUGAAUGUGUUUGCAGCGGCGAUGCGCCAGGCGCGGGCGAUUGGUGAGCCAACUCACGUCCACAUCGAGGUGACCAACGGUCAUUCUCACGCCCUAGCCCCUGACGUCGCGGCCCCUCUGCGCGCGCCGGUAUUGAGCGAGUAUCUGCCCGCGCGGGGGGGGAGGGCGCUGUUCCGCACCCCUCGGCAGGUCCCUGGCUUCUCCGCGCAGCCCUUCUCGGGAGGCCGACUUCCGGGCCGGGAGACAGCGUAUCAGCGUGAGGCUCCGAUUGCACCUCCCCCCACUCGCGCGGGGAGAGACCCCAUGCUGACCAUGUGCCGGACGCUGAAUCUUGCGGAGGCGUGCGAGGUGGUGGCGAACCUGCAGAUGGCGGUGUGUGGGGCCAUGCAAAACUCUCCGGGCAGUUUCGCUCCAGGUCCCCGAGGAUCGUGCGCGACCUGGGCAGAAGCCCUCGCCCCGAUAUUGGCGCCCGUGUCGGAAGCGCCCGCCGGGGUAGCGCCCUUAGCGCGUACCUUCCCCCGCCACGUGGAGGAUCUUCUUGUGGCCGCCCAGGAGGGGACCCCGGUGCGCACGCUUCAGUCGUCGGCGCAGCUCCUUCUGGUGGUGUCGACGUGCAUGCGUUCGAUGCUUGAGGAUCGCAUAGUGGAUGAGAGUGGGGCAACGGCCGUGGUCAACCUGCAGUCCGACCUCUGCUUCGACGCCCUGCAGAUCCCCAUUGCUGCCAUCCGAGAGCAGGCAGUGCAGAGGGGUCUGCGGCUGGAGAGAGUACCGAUCCGGGACUUUGACCAUGGCGACCAGGCGUUCAUGCUGCCCGUGGCCGUGCGCAUGGUCAACCUCCUCAUCGCCGAGGGAUGUGACGUCUACAUUCACUGCACCGCUGGCAUUAACCGCGCCACGCUCACAGCGCUAGGCUACCUCACCUUUGUCAAGGGAAUGGAUCUGGACUCGGCUCUCUCACAAAUCCGCAACGCGCGGCCAAUCGCACACCCCUACCUCGAUUGCUGGCACUCUGUAAAGGGCCGGCUCUUAGCGGGGCGGGAGGAGGAGCAGAUGGCACUGGCAACGGAGAUUUACGAGGAGCGCAUUAGGUCAGGAGGGGGAGGCAAUGCAUCCGCAGAUUGGCAGCAGGCACAGGCACGUGUUAUCCAGAGGACAUUUGAUCGAUAUCUGCAAGUGGACCAGGGGAUAAUCAGAAGUCACAAAGGCGUUCUCCAGUUCGCCAUCAAAGAGCAGCGAGCCAAGCACAAGGAGAAACGCCUGGCCAAUCUGGCGGCCUUGGCCUCGCUGUCUCAGGAGGAGGAGCGGCUUGCAGAGCUGCAAGCGCAGGUGCGAGCGAAUGCACAGACUGUGAAGCGCACACGGUGGGAAGCGCUGCGCUUGCAGCUGGAGGCGCAGAGGGUUGAGGGCCAGGCCCUGCUGCUGCAGUGUGCCAGACCAGAUGGCGACGGUGCGAUUGUUGAGAAACAGCUGGUUGAGUGA